AUGGUGUCUUACCUCCAAUUACUGCCCCUUCUGGGCGUAUUGUUUGCAGGUGGUGUUCACUCCAAAACACCCAGUGUUGGUGAUGCCGCUGACGGAAAUACCACGGUGGGAAGCUGGGACUAUGUUCCCGGGGCCUACAUUAUCGAGUAUGAACAAGGCCAUGAAAACGAGGCAUCGCUAUUUAGCACCCUCCAUACACAUGGACUUCCGGCUUCUAAGCGGAUGAGCUUGUCCUAUUCGCUCUUCAAGGGAGCCUCAGUCCAAUUGGACGCUGUCAGCCUGGAUCCUCAAGCCGCAUCGACCAAGAUCGCGUCCCUUGCCCCUGUGAAGAACGUAUGGCCCGUUAUGCGCUAUCAAAAUCUCGAACUCGGUAAAUUCGCGUCCACAAGCGGCGUUAAACGCAAUACAGGGGAUUUUUCACAGCAUGUGUCCAGAACUGUAGCAGACAUCGACACCGGAUAUGCGCCACAUGUCUUAACACAGGUCGAUAAGCUACACGCAGAAGGGUACACAGGCAAAGGAAUCCGUGUCGGUGUUAUAGAUUCAGGAGUUGAUUAUAAGCAUCCUGUUCUAGGCGGCUGCUUCGGUGAAGGCUGCAUUGUUGCCUACGGAAUGGACUUGAUUGGCCCCAACUUCAACGGCACAAAUACACCUGUUCCUGGUCCACUUCCAUACCCAGAUUGCCUUGGCCACGGGACACAUGUCUCUGGAAUCAUUGCGGCCCAAAAGAACCCUUUGGGGUUUGUUGGUGCCGCUUAUGGCGCAACUCUAGGCAUGUACAAGGCACUGGACUGCGGAGGUGGCUCUACCAACGAUGUACUAAUGGCAUCAUUCAACCAAGCGUAUGAAGAUGGCUCAGACAUUAUCUCUAUCUCUAUCGGAAUUUAUUCUGGGUGGAAAGAGGACCCUCUUGCAGUCACAGUGUCGCGAAUAGUUGACGCCGGCGUUCCGGUGGUUAUCGCCAACGGUAACCAAGGCCCUGCUGUCUUUAGCUCGGCUUCUCCUGGUGAUGGUGCGGGUGUCAUGAAUGUGGCAUCCAUUGAUAACACAGAGACACCUUUUCUGGGAACUGAGGCUUUUACGAGCCUUAAUAGCCCCUCCGGUAACUUGACUUCUUUCGCCUGGUUACCUGGAACGCCUGCAUUCCCGAACAUCACUCUGCCGUUAUGGGCUGUUACUCCCAAUACUACGACAGAUGGAAGCUCGAGUGCUUGCAGUCCGCUCAGCAGCAGCGCGCCUACAGAUCUCAGCGAUAAAAUCGUUCUUGUGCAGUUAACUGGCUGCGAUGAUCCCACUAUUGCGGCUAACCUUGCGAAGAACAACGCCAAGUACAUCAUGUACUAUAGCAGUGAUGAUGACCUCGAUGAUGUAUAUAGCGUUAGUACCGCUCCCAGCACUCUUGGUGCCGGCAUGGUGCCCUUACAGCAAGCCACGAUAUGGCUAGAUCUCCUCAACAAGGGAACAGACGUGUACGCGAAAAUGGUUGAUCCUCAGUCUGCCAAUCCUGGAGCAACAUACUUCCUAAACAAUUCCACGGGUGGCAUUGUAAGCGAUUUCUCAAGCUGGGGUCCAACUUGGGAGGCAGAUGUAAAUCCACACAUCGCGACCCCAGGAGGCUCAAUCCUUUCUACGUAUCCUCUGAAUAUGGGAGCAUACUAUGUCGACUAUGGCACGUCCAUGGCUACGCCACUUAUGGCUUCGAUAUAUGCUCUGAUCAUGCAAGCACGAUCCAUCAAGGACCCCAAGGCGCUCCUGAGCAUGGUAUCAUCGACAGCAAAGCAAACAAAAUACCGGGAUUCAUAUCAAUCCAUAUUGUACAACGACCUUGCUCCCGUGGCGCAACAAGGAGCCGGAUUGGCGCAAGCCUACGAUGCGAUACACGCAACAACCACCCUAAGCGUUUCAAGCAUUUCUCUCAAUGAUACGGACCACUUUGUCAACAGCACAGAUUUUACAAUUAAGAAUGGUGCUAAACAAGCUGUGACCUACUCAAUUGGGCAUAUCCCCUCCAGAUCCAGAGACACUUUCAAGGCUGGCGUGUCAACUCCAUCUCAGAGCUCCAAUUCGAGCUCCUCAGCAGCAAUUCUAACUUUUUCGGAUACAAAAGUCACAAUUCCAGCAGGCGGAUCUGCCAAAAUUACUGUCGAAGUAGCUCUUCCUCAAGGGCUGAACGAAGCAAAUCUCCCUGUGUACGGCGGAUACAUUACUCUAAAUGGCACCAACGGCGAGAGUCUUGUUCUUCCAUACUUGGGAGUAUUUGGAAGCCUAAGCAGUCUUCAGGGCAUAACUUCAAGCAAUGGCUACAUUUAUCAUUCGACGGGCCAUUACUGGCAAUCAGCUCCUAACAAUGAUACUUGGACUGUCCCAUAUCCUUCAGUGGGUAGCCAGCCUCCAAACCCGGCAGCUAUUGAUUUCCCUGCGCUCUAUAUUUUAGUCACCACUGGCGUGCCUCUUAUAAGAGCAGACAUCAUUCCCCUUGGCAAUACACCAGCUAGUACCACCAAGGUUCUGGGCGUCGAUACAGCUGGAAGCUUCCCUGGGUUCCCUGUUCAAUGGGUAUUCUCGAACAUUUACCAAGCUCCGUUUAACGGCGUGACUCAAGAAGGCAUCGUAUUACCAGAGGGCAACUAUGCCGUGUUGCUAAGAGCGCUGAAGAUAUUUGGAGAUGCGAAUAACCCUGAUGGCUAUUACACUGUACAGACGCAGUCAUUUAAUAUCAAGUAUAAUUCAACGGCGGCUUAA